ACCAUCACCAGCGUAUGAGAGCCAUUGAUAUAUUUGACAUGUUAGUGCGACCGAGAGGUCGCUUGGCAUGACUUCAGUGUAAAAGUGAAACAGUGCAAAGAACAGCAUAUCUUGGAACUCUAAAAAUCUCCUUUUUCCUAGAAGGUUUUCUUGUGGCAGUAUUUUUAUAGCCUCCUUUCUAAUGGCACUUAUAUUGUGAACUGUUACCGACUCAGCUCCGUUAUUAUUUUUUAUUUUGUAUUAGCGUUCUUUACUCGGUGAUAUUAUAAUUUCUAUUUUGCUAUUCAUCACUAGAAACUCACGGUCAAGAGAAAAUUGCCUGAUCACCUGAAGAAUGGUAUCAUGCACUCCCGCUGUUUUCGGCAAUCCCUAAAAUAACUUGAGCGGAAUUGACAUAUCCCAAGGCCUGGACUGGGAGCCUCCCUCUCUGUCCCCUCAUUUUCUCUUGCUCACAGUCUAAUGGCAUUAUAUUUUUCGUUAAGCUACUUUAAAAUUACAGUUUGCACACGCUCUAGCCUGUACCCCUAUCGGCUGUUUGCCACCAAGCUUGUAAUUUCCUCUAGUAUAUAAUCUUACAUGUAAUUGAUAUGAUAUAUUUGUAUUUUGGGGUUUUGGUCCAAAGUAGUGGACAACCCAGCCUAAAGUUCAGGGUUAGGGUUAGAUUUUUGGUGUGAUUUUUUUUAUUGUAAAACCUUAACUGUCUUAUUGUUUCUUACCCGGCAGGAUUUAAUUUUUCCAGAUGGUGUCAGAUAGUUUUGACCUGUUUGCGACUAUCGCUUUUUUCCUAAAGUUUACAGCAAAAAGUCGUUUUAAACAUAGUCAAGAUUUCCGUAUCACCUUACAUUUAGGAAAAUAGCUAGCAGUCGUACAGAAAAAAUGAAGUACAUAAAAAGAAAAAAAACUGUAAAUAAAAAUUAAGCACCUAAGUAAAUUGUAAAGCUUUAUCCGGUAAAGUAAACAUAAUCUGCUUGUUGAUGCGUGGUACGUUUUCAGUAACUAGUAUUAAUUCUAGGUAUUUAAGGCCAACAUUUUUUCUGAGAAACCACAAUGCGCAAGUGUUUUGAUUAGGGAGGGGAGCCACGAGGGCGGGCUGCAAGCAAGCCAACUCUGACUUGACUGCUCCCCAUUCUCUUCGCGGCUUCGCCUCUUGAUUAGAUAUUCAAUACUCUGCAGACAAGGCCUGCUAUCACGGGAGUUUUAUGUUGAAACGCGUUGGAGCUACGACAUCAACGCCGAGCUCAAAAAUAAUAUUCUUGCUGCAAAUCACGGCUCCAGUGAGGCCGCCAAAAGAUUUGAAAUUGGUAAAAUUUACCACAUUUACAACGAUCUCCAUACAUAGACAUUCGAAGGAACCACAGUUUCUUUUUAGCUCCGCGGCAAAUGUCCCAGUCCGUGCUCCGGGCCGCGCGCCAAAUGUAUUAAGGUGAUCAGGACGCAACGCUCUGUAUGAAAACACUGCAGACAAAAUCAUAGACUGACUGCAAAUUGUGAAAACAUGAAUUCUCGGUCCCAUGUCGCUUCCCAUCUCCUCGGCCUCAAAAAGGGAGCGGCGCAGUACAUACAGGAACAGUGUUCCUCUUGGAUAAUAGCCAAUAGGCAGUCUGAUGAGCGAGAGACAAAGGAAACCAAAACGCUGCUCUUUCUAAGAAAUUCAAGAUUCAUUAUCGCUACACGUUUAUGAGAAAUCGGCCAAUUUUUUCCGUUAUAGUCAGAUUAAAAAACUGUCUCCAACAAUUAGCAAGUCCUUCGAGAAACAAAAAUCUUUGCAAUGGCUUUACUUCGUGUCUCGGGAAAGUACUAUAAGACUGAGCGAGUUCUUGGUGAAGGUGGUUUCGGUACUGUUACACUUGUCAGAGAUGCCGACACUGCCGAGUUAUUUGCAUUGAAAGACAUCGCCUGCCAAACUGAUCCCACUGCUGUUAAGAGCGCCCUGGAAGAAAUCAAGACACUCCGCGCGCUUUCUCAUCCCAACAUCAUCAAACUAAUAGCAGCAGAUAAGUCAAUCGAUGUGGAAAAAACACACGUGCUGAUUUUGAUGGAAUACUGCUCAGGUGGAAAUUUGAAUGAUCGGCUGGCUCGACCGGGUUACGAUCCUCAAAAGAAUCUGAAGUGGAUGAGUCAAAUUGCUGAUGCCUUGGCCUACCUCCACUCGCGUAACACGGUUCAUCGCGAUCUGAAGCCAGAGAAUGUGCUUCUAACGGAUCAAGUCAACGAGGAUAUAAAGCUCGCCGACUUUGGCUUGGCCCGGAAGUACAUCGCUCUCAAACAAAGCAACGCGGGGCUCAGCGAUGCACAGUACUACAUGCAAACGGGUGUAGGUACUCUUCACUACAUGGCUCCAGAGGUUUUUGCUGGCCACUACACCGAAAAAUCCGACGUGUUCUCUCUUGGCGUUCUCCUCUACGCAAUAAUGGAACGACGCUUUAUGGCGGUGGAAGUCGGACAGAGAAUGUACGGUGCUUUCGUUUCUACCCCUACACAUGGCAUGGUCGGCCUGGGUUUUGCCAUGGCAAAUAUUAAUGGCUAUCAAAACAGCAUGGUAACCUUUACACAAGCAUCACCAAAUGUUCAGCAAUUGAUUACAAAUGUAUUGAGUUACGACUAUCGCCAACGCUCGAGUGCCAGUGAUGUGAAAGCGCGACUUGUGGAGGCAAACGGAAAGAGAAUGUACGGUGCAUCCGUUCCUAACGCUAUACCGCUGUAUGGCCCGGUCGCCCUGGGUAUGGCCAUGGCAAAUUGCUAUCCACCUAUCGUGCUACCCUUAAUUCCUUCACACGAGCAACACCAUACCUUCAAGCAAGUCCUUCGAGAAACAAAAAUCUUUGCAAUGGCUUUACUUCGUGUCUCGGGAAAGUACUAUAAGACUGAGCGAGUUCUUGGUGAAGGUGGUUUCGGUACUGUUACACUUGUCAGGGAUGCCGACACUGCCGAGUUAUUUGCAUUGAAAGACAUCGCCUGCCAAACUGAUCCCACUGCUGUUAAGAGCGCCCUGGAAGAAAUCAAGACACUCCGCGCGCUUUCUCAUCCCAACAUCAUCAAACUAAUAGCAGCAGAUAAGUCAAUCGAUGUGGAAAAAACACACGUGCUGAUUUUGAUGGAAUACUGCUCAGGUGGAAAUUUGAAUGAUCGGCUGGCUCGACCGGGUUACGAUCCUCAAAAGAAUCUGAAGUGGAUGAGUCAAAUUGCUGAUGCCUUGGCCUACCUCCACUCGCGUAACACGGUUCAUCGCGAUCUGAAGCCAGAGAAUGUGCUUCUAACGGAUCAAGUCAAAGAGGAUAUAAAGCUCGCCGACUUUGGCUUGGCCCGGAAGUACAUCGCUCUCAAACAAAGCAACGCGGGGCUCAGCGAUGCACAGUACUACAUGCAAACGGGUGUAGGUACUCUUCACUACAUGGCUCCAGAGGUUUUUGCUGGCCACUACACCGAAAAAUCCGACGUGUUCUCUCUUGGCGUUCUCCUCUACGCAAUAAUGGAACGACGCUUUAUGGCGGUGGAAGUCGGACAGAGAAUGUACGGUGCUUUCGUUUCUACCCCUACACAUGGCAUGGUCGGCCUGGGUUUUGCCAUGGCAAAUAUUAAUGGCUAUCAAAACAGCAUGGUAACCUUUACACAAGCAUCACCAAAUGUUCAGCAAUUGAUUACAAAUGUAUUGAGUUACGACUAUCGCCAACGCUCGAGUGCCAGUGAUGUGAAAGCGCGACUUGUGUGAAACUGAACGAAGAGCAGCGUC